AUGAAUGCAUCCGAUGAACACAAUGAGGAACCAUCUGGAGGGAACUGGGUCUGUCAGAUCAUGGCAGCCGAAGGAGUUAUUGGCGUCCUAGGAAACCUUUUAGUGUGCUACGUCAUCCUACGUGUCAAAUUCUUACACAACAUGACAAACUACCUGCUGGUGAAUUUGGCUGUUGCUGAUAUGUUGCUGUGUGUUCAAGUAUUCCUGUAUUAUCUAACAUCAGACUGUAAGCUUAUUGCUUUUGCUCCAGUAAACAACGGCGUGAGAGACUUGUUCUGUCGACUUCUAGAAUCAAAGUAUUUAGCCUUUGCAUUGACCAAUGCCUCUGCCUACAAUCUCUGUGUAGUUACAUUGGAGAGGUACAUUGCCAUAGUACACCCUCUACACUACGCGAGGAAACUCACAACAGCACGGAUGGUUACUUUGAUCGCUGUGACGUGGGUGAUAUCAUUUUUGUUAUCUGUGCCUCUUCUAUUCACAAUAGAGCCAAGCAAUGACCCAAAUCAGAUUUGCUCAAUCAAAUAUCCUCACCGCGUAUUCGUAAUUCUAAUCAGCAUAUUUACAUUUCUCUUCUCAUAUUUGCUACCCCUAACAUUGAUGAGUUUGGCCUAUUAUAAGAUGCAGGUCACUCUCAAACGACAAGCCAAAGCCCUGAACCUGCAAUAUGCAAGGGCAGCAGCCUAUGAUCUUGUGAUUGCUAGACAGAACCUGGUCAGCAUGCUUAAAACUGUCUUGGGAGCUCUCAUUGUCUUAUGGACAAUGGAUAAUUUAGCUGUUCUUUUCUGCUUGCAACCAACUGACGAGGCUCAGUUCUUGUUCUGUGGAUCGAAGGUCUUUUAUUAUACCAGAGUGUUUUCUAAUUUACUGUUUAAUUUCAAUUCAGUCAUCAAUCCAAUCAUCUAUGAGUUUAAAUACAAGAAAUUCAGGCAAGGUCUUAAGGUAGCUUUCUGCUGCUGCUCCAAAAGGCAUGGUGGUAACAGAGUUGGCGUUGAGAUGGCACCAUUAUGA